GGAAGAGAUGUUACAGUGAAAUCGUGUCUACAAGUUGUGUGGCUUCUAUCAAUUUGAGAAAUAUCAGUCUCACAGUGAAAUUGUGUCAACAAGUUCAGGAAGAUUUUUCAGUUUGAAAGAUGUAUAUGAACAAAAAACCGUACAUUGAGAUACUGGAACAACCGGCUAGUAAAGAGUUUCGAUUUCGUUAUGAGUGUGAACGACGAUUACAUGGAAGUAUACCUGGAGUACAUAGUACCUUAUUGAGGAAAACGUAUCCGAAGAUAAAGAUUAUUGGACUCGACACAGAUGCCUACGUUAUCGUUUCUUGCGUGACCAAAGAAGCACCCUACAAAGUGCAUCCUCAUCGUCUCGUGAGUAAAGAUAAAGGCUCGAAUCACGGAGUUUUUGCAACCACAGUACGACCAGACGACAACGAAAUCGAGUUAAAAAAUAUUGGCAUUCAAUGCGUCAGGAAAAGAGACGUUAAAAAAUCCCUGGAUGAGAGAAAGGAAAUCCGAGUGGAUCCAUUCCAACAGGGCUACGAUCACAGUGAGGAUCCAGCAUCAAUCGACCUCAACGUAGUGCGAUUGUGCUUUCAAGUCUUCCUCUUUGAUCGCACCACUGAAAAAUGUACCAGAAAACUCACGCCAGUCGUGUCCGACCCAAUUUAUGACAAGCAAACAGCCACUAAUCUGAAAAUAUCUAAAUUGAGUGCUAAGGUGGCUUCAACCGCCGGAGGAACAUCACUGAUUAUAUCCGGGCAUAAAGUGAUCGAAGAAGACGUCAAGAUUCGUUUUUUCGAAAUGAAAAAGGAUCAGGUCGUUUGGGCAGCCCUUAAGGAUCCACUUCCAAGGAAUAAUCACGAUGAUCAGACGACGAUUAGUGUCAUAACUCCCACCUACACUCGCAGAGAUACCGAGAGUCCAGUCCGCGUGAUGAUACAACUGACAAAGCCAUCGACUGGUGAAGCUGGCAAAGCCAUUCCCUUCAUACUUCUACCUCCAGCAUGUUUCAAAAAUGCUGGAGUGAAUGCAACAAUGGAUCUUUCCUCAAAGCGCAAGAGGCCUGUCUUCGACAGCUGUGAGUCGCUCCAGGUCUCCAAUAUCCCAUCAUGCAGCCAAUGCCCGGCUCCAAAUCAGCCAGAGUCUCCAGAUACGAAUGAUCCAGGCAGUAUUGUACCAAAACAAGAGAUAGUACUGUACAAUAUUCCCCAGGAGAGACAGUAUUUUUAUUACAAUCGGAAUUUGGAUACCGGAGGGUUUGCAAUGCAUCGUCACAAGAGACCAAAGUACUUUGAGGAUCCACUGUUUCCAAUGACUCCAAGAGCUUCACCUGAUCCAACAAUGUACCCUUCAUUGAUUGCAAAUCCCAACAUGUGUCCAAUGAUGCUCAACAAUCCAGAAUACCCCUGCCAGUGCUUCCCGCCACUGCCACCCAGUUGCAAUCAAUUUCUACCAUUCAUGUCUCAAUCCUCUCCUUGUAUGCGUCAGUAUCCAGUUUGUGGGAGCACUUUACCCAGAAUCAAGGACAGACAUCAAGUCCCUGUCCAUGAUCAACGAAAUAGGCACGCGCAACCUAAGCCCAUUUCGAGUCCUGAUUACGUCGUAAAAGUGGAUAUAAAAGAGGUUCAGCCACCCAUUAGUUUUGAUGUCAACCCCAACGAUCACCUUCAUGGGAGUGGAAAUAUAAUGGACCUCGAUUUAGAUAGAUACAUUGAUUCCCUUUCUGGUACACUCAGUGAUAUUAAGCUGAAUGGUGAAGAUAGUAUCCUGGUAAUCUGCGAUAAUGAAAAAGAUGGACAUGGGCAAGUGGAGCCCCUUUUAGACCCAAUUAUCGUGAAAUGGAGUCCACACGAGAUGAAGUCGCUCAAAGAUUAUGAUUAUAAUACGAGAAACAUACUUGACAAGAACCAAAACUUGAUGGAUUUCGAUUUUCUGUCUAAUAUCGAAAUCGAAAAGGAAAACAACUGUUCGUCUGAGGAACCCCGAGACUCUCAAGAGAAUGAAAAAAAGAGUAGUACCGAGGAGAAUCUUUCACUGGUCUGCGAUAAUACGAUAAAGGAAAUUUUGAAAAUUUCGAAACAACAGAACUUAGUACAGAAUAAUGUGUAAAGAAAUUGAUUUCGAUGAUCAAACAGUUAUUUUUUAUACUUAUCUGACAAAGCUUUCCUCGAGUACUAGGCAAUGUGAUAUUUUAUUCUUUCUGAUUGUAUGAUAAUGUAUAGUAUUGUAUUUAUCGUUAUAAAUUAUACGUAUAUUGUUGAUGAUUUCCGCGUGUACUACAGAAAUGACGGACGUGUAUAAUUUACGCACUUUCAGUAAUAAAACUAUAGACUUCCUCUCA